GUAUUUUUGCCUAUUGGCCUUCCUCACCGUUCUCCUUUCUGAUAAGUUUUCACUUUUCAGCAUCAUUCUCUGUCUCUUCAACCACCUUGGCGAGUCUAAUGAAAAAUUCUUGAUUGAAUUGUUUUUAACAUAGAUAAGCAAUUUUUGCCUCAUUUUCACAGGACUGUUUUGCUUUACACUUCUGAGUCGCGUUCUUUUUCUGAUCUUGGAAUCUCUUUCUGGGUUUUGCGCCUCCAAUUUUCUAAUUUUUUUUCUUUACACUAGUCUUGAACAAUUCUUUAAGGUUCUGGUGGAGUCGGAUCUUAUUGUUUCCCUCGAAAAAGCCGUUGCGCUCAUAAGUACUUCGUCGCUGCAAAAGGUCAAAGACGAUUCGUAAAGAAAUUAACCUGGGCGCACUCAAAUUUCUAUAGUUUUGGCUAUCCAUAGCUAUCUAAUGCAGCAAGGGCUCACGGCUACUCCCUCUUCUCAUUCAAACUCAUCUGUUUCAACACCUCAGGGAAUUAGUCCAACUUCAUGGAUGGGCAACUUUGAAUCCCUCAAUGCUGGGCCAUCUGCUGAUUUUCCUCAGCAAAAUGCAAAUAGUAAUUCAAAAGAUGAAACAGAGUUGCUAUCUGUGUCUUGGAAUCAGGACUAUGGUUGCUUUUCUGCCGGCACUAGCCAUGGCUUUCGAAUUUAUAAUUGUGUGCCUUUCAAGGAGACUUUUAGACGUGACUUGAGAGGUGGUUUUAAAAUUGUAGAGAUGCUGUUCCGGUGCAACAUUCUAGCACUUGUUGGUGCUGUAACUAAUCCAUGUUACCCUCCUAACAAAGUUAUGAUUUGGGAUGAUCAUCAGAGCAGGUGCAUUGGUGAAUUUACAUUUAGGUCUGAGGUUCGUGCAGUGAAAUUAAGACGCGAUCGAAUUGUAGUAGUUCUUGAGCACAAGAUCUAUGUUUAUAACUUCAUGGAUUUGAAGCUUCUUCAACAGAUUGAGACUUUGGCUAAUCAGGGAUUGUGCUGUCUUUCUUACCAUCCAAAUACGUUUGUUUUGGCUUGUCCUGGUGUUCACAGUGGACAAGUCCGGGUUGAACACUUCGGUCUGAACAUGAUGAAAGUAAUCAAUGCUCAUGAUUCUCAAAUUGCAUGCUUUACUUUGACAAUGGAUGGGCUCCUUCUUGCGACUGCUAGUGCAAAGGGCACUUUAAUUAGAAUCUUCAACACCAUGGAUGGCAGUCGGUUGCAGGAAGUAAGAAGAGGGGUAGAUAGAGCUGAAAUCUAUAGUAUUGCUUUAUCUUCAAAUGUCCAGUGGUUGGCAGCAUCAAGUGACAAAGGCACCAUUCAUAUAUUCAGCCUGAGAGUCAGAGUUGUUGGGGAGGAGACAUUGCCUCCUCCAACCACUCCCCAGAGCCAUGCGCUGCUUCAUCAUAAUUCUUCAACCUCUUUAGAUUCAUUGCUUUCUCCCAAUACUGGUUCCAACCCCAAUUCAUCAUUGUCUUUCAUGAGAGGGGUCUUACCAAAAUAUUUUAGCUCAGAAUGGUCAUUUGCCCGGUACCGCUUGCCAGAGAACACACGAUUUAUUGUGGCAUUUGGAUCUCGGAACACUGCCCUAAUUGUUGGCUUGGACGGGAGUUUUUACAGGUGCAGCUUUGAUCCAGUGCAUGGCGGGGAGAUGUUGCAGCAGGAGUAUGUUCGGUUUUUAAAAUCUGAAAGUAGGCCAACAUGAACUUUUAAUUGUACAACAUCAUCAUCAGUCACAAAUUAUUAGGUACAAUAUGCUGGAGAAUAUACUUAAUGGUUGACAAUUAAAUCAAAUCCUAAUCCCGAGUACUAUGAUUUCACAUGCCAACACUGUUGUGCCAAAGAAUAAGAAUUUCUUCUUAGUCAUCAGGCAGGCAUGGCCUCUUAUUUUUAUGUAAAUAUGAAGUGUACAUCGGUCCUAUGCAAGGCAACAAGUCUCUGUAAAUAACUAAAUGUGAUGGCUUUCCACGUUGAAUAAUCUUUGAGUAUUUGAGGAUUUUUUUUUUC